ACUUGCUUGUUGUUUUUACUUAGGGGUCGUUUGGAUGGAACUAUGUGAUGGAUCAAUUUGUACCAAUUGACUCAAAAUGAAUCAAUUGGGCCAAAUUAGCCCAUUUGGCAGUGCAAAAAUCGGAUGAAGCAAUUGGGCUUUGGGAAAAUAUGCUUUGACGCGUUAUGGGACAAUUAGAAAUACCUGGUGGGGAGGGGGGGGGGGGGGGGAGACAAUUCCAAUUGUUUCGUUUUUUUUUGUUUGCAAUUAUGCCCUUGUUCUCUUCCCCUCCUCACGACCCCUUUAUUCCUCUUUAUAUUGUUUCUUCUUCCAUAUAUUGCCGCAUCUGGUCGAGCUCGGCGAUUGGCGAUUACUGGUGAAGAAGCUUGGUGGCGUCGAGUUCAUACGAAGAAGAAGAGGUGUGAGAUUAUCGUCGUCAACGAUCGGGUCAGGUAUGUCCAAAGCCAAUCUAUAUUAUUUAUACACCCAAACAACUGGGGAUUUUUUCUCAGAACCCUAAAAAUUUCUUUGUGCUUAUAUCUGCUGUUAAACCCUAUUUUGUUUGCCUUGGGAUUUUGGCGAUGGUAGUGUUCCUCUAUCCUUCAUCUUCCCUUCCUCGUACGGUAAAGUUAGAUCUAUUGUUUGCCUGGGGAUUAUUUGUCAGAAUCAAUUUCCUCCCCGUGUCUACCCUUCUCCUUUAUUGCUUCUAUAUGCUUGCAAUUAGUUGUUUGCUACCAUUUCCCCCUUGCUGUGCUUACUUUUCUUAAAAGAGACAUGAGAAAUCUUCUGUUAUUUUCAUUUUGUGUUGGAAGCUAACGUGAUAAGCCCUCUAACAAUAUAUACAUACAUAAUAUAUUAAUUAUACACUAAUUAUGGAUUCUACCUAUUGUAAAGGAUGUCACGGCUAUCAACUUUAGCUCCAGCUCGUAGGCGGCAGGUGGUUGCAGCUAUUUGUUCGUUCUCCAACCUUAUUAUGAUCUGCGUUAGUCUAGGUAUCGAACUAGCUGUGCUUGCAUCAAAAAAUUACACCCGUCCUAGACUUAGUAGGCAACCUUUGGACACCUACCUGGAGAGGCACUAUGAUAGACAGAGACACCUUAGAAAUUCUACUAGGAUGUCUGACAUUGACACCUUCGACCAAGUUAGGAUGAAUCACACCCUAUUUCGAAAGUUCUGUGUGAUUCUAGUUAGUGAGGGAGGGCUGAAAAAAACUAAACACGUGGAUAUAGAUGAGCAUGAGAUGGUCUAUAUCUUUUUGCGAACUAUAUCACAUAACGAGAAAAAUAGAACCCUAAGGCUCAAUUUGCGUCGUUCGGGGGAGACAAUAUCUCGAACUAUUCAUUGUGUAUUGCGGGUUGUUCUUAGACUAAACAACCAGCUGAUGAAGAAGCCAGUGCCCAUUCCUCAAACAUGUACCAAUAGUAGAUGGAAACAUUUCAAGGUUAACUCCUAAAAUGUUUCUCCAAUCUUUUAUUGCUUUAAUUUGUUACUUUCAAUCAAAUCCUGAACGUUGUUUACCGUGGUUUUGAAAGAAAUGCCUUGGAGCCCUAGAUGGAACUCAUAUUCUUGUUCGACCAUUGAAAGAGGAACGAACUAGGUAUCGAGAUAGGAAGGGGGAUCUUUCGAUGAAUGUGUUGGGUGUUUGCACACCCAACUUGGAAUUUGUUUAUUGUUUAUCUGGAUGGGAGGGGUCUGCACACGAUGGAUGAGUGUUGCGUGAUGCCCUUACUAGGGAAAAUGGCCUUACCGUGCAAGAAGGUAAUAAUUGUUAAAUUUAUUUGUUAGCUUAACAAAUCCCAAAAAAUUGAUUAGCUAAGUAACAAUAAUAAGCAUUUUCUAUUUGAAUGAAGGUUGUUAUUACCUAGCUGAUGCUGGGUACGCGAAUAGCCCUGGUUUUUUGACUCCAUAUCGUGGUCAGCGAUAUCAUCUCAAAGAAUGGGGUGCAAAUCGACCAGAAACUGCCGAGGAAUAUUAUAAUAUGAAGCAUUCUUCAGCUAGAAAUGUGAUUGAGCAUAUUUUUGGCAUUAUGAAAAUGCGGUGGGCUAUUCUUAGGAAUACAUCUUGGUUCACUCCAAAAGAGAUGGCGCGUUUGGUUGUUGCAUGUUGCAUAAUCCAUAAUUUCAUCAAAAGGGAACAGGGGGCUGAUUCUGUUGAGCUACGGUAUCAAGAUGAAGAACCGGAACAAUAUGAAGUAACUGAAGUUGAGACCAUCGACACUACUAGCACGCAACCAUGUCCAGCUUGGACCCAGUUUAGGAACAACAAAGCAGUGGCAAUGUGGGAAAGUAGGAGCUCUAGAGUUUAAUAUUGUGUGUGUAUCUUUGUACUUUUAUCAUUUUUGAACUAGCUGAUCUUGAUGUAAGUGCGGUGGCCUUGCUUUUGGAUCUUGUGUGGAUCUUUGUAGUUUAAUCUGUCAUGUUGGCCAGUGGGGUAGCCUUGCUUUUGGACUACUAAACUUUCCCCUACUCAAUUGAUAAUGGUUCUAUUAAUGUAUGUAACUGAUACUUUUUAUCUAAUAUGUUGGGUAUUUGUUUAUUGGGUUUCCGUUUUUGGAUUGUUUAAUUGAUGUCAUAGGUAACCAUGAGGAAAAGAAGGAAUGCUGUAGCUAGUACUAGGGCUUAUACCUUCUGGGAUUCCAAGCAUGAUGGUCCCAUUCUUCAAUGCCUUCAAGAGUUAACGGAGAAGGGGCAAAUAGAGGAUGGUACGUGCAACAAUGGUGUGUUUAAGGAGAUCGAGAGGAUGAUGGAAAAGCUUGUACCAGGAUGUGGUUUGAGGGCAAAGGGAGCUAUUAAAACUAGGAUUAAGAAGCUGAAGCAUUGGUAUCACAACACUGUUAUGAUGCGGGUUCAGAGCGGUUUUGGGUGGAACGAGGUGGGCUCAUAUGUUGAUGCAUCUGAUGAAGUAUGGGACCACUUUUUGAAGAGCCAUAGUGACUGCAAGACCUACAAACGCGUCCCAUUCCCACAGUUCUUUGAUCUGGGGACAGUAUUCGGGAAAGGUCGUGCCACUGGUGAUAAUGGAUUUUCUGGUAAUGAUCCCAUCAUAGAGGAAGUCGAGGAUGAUAGCUCAGACGAGGAUGACAGCCCGCCGUAUCCUUUGGACCAAAUGAAUAGUGCAAAUAUGGAUGAAGCAAUGCUGAAUAUGAUUAAUGAUGGGGUGGAAAUUCGAUUGAACAAGAAGCGGUCGAGUGCAUCUGCAGAGGCUGGUCCUUCUCAGAAGAAGAAGAAGCAAAAAUUACAAAAUGAAGACCCAAUGGCUGAGGUUUGUGCUGAAUUGAGAGGAUUGACGCCUCUUAUUAGAGAGUCUGCGAACACUAUUGCACGGGCACUAGGAGAGAGUCAGGAUUACAAUACUAUGCGCCAGGAUUUGUUGAAGAACUUGGAAAAAUGGAGGGACUCACCAGGAUUCAAAUGAUAAUAGCCGUGAGUAAGCUUUCCAACAGUUCUGGUGAUCUAAAGGUCUUCUAUCAGCUGGAGAAGGAAGAAGACAAGCUGACACUAGUUCUUAACCUCAUAAAAAGAUGAAUGAGGGGUAGUUACCACUACCUAUGUAGCUACUGCAGUAUGAUAUAUUAGGUCUAAUGUUGUCUAUUUUGCAAAGAGGCUUGUGUUUUUGUCUAUCUGUCAUUGAGAAGCACACUCAAUGACAGUCUUUGCAAAAUGUAAGGCAGCCUGUUCUUUUGUAAAGAUGUAUAAGUAUGGUUCAUAGGAGCUGCAACUUCGAUGGAGAACAAGAUCCAUAUAUGCAGGCUGUAUUUUGUAAAGUGCAUAUUCCAGAAUCCAAGUAUGUAAGUAUCCUUAUUGUAAAUGCAGGACCCAGCUUAUUAUAAAUCUAAUAGGAUUAU